AUGACGGGCGAGUCGGCAUUUCUAAGGGAGAAGUUGUCUAAUCUCAAGGAGGAGCUACGGAAGCAGAAGGAGCUCAAUCUGACUCUGCAGACAGUGGAUAGGAAGAAGGCUGAGGAGGAGCAGGAGAGGUUGAAGAAAGCGUAUGAUGACUUGCAGGCCGAGACGGUGCAGAUGCGGUUGCAGUUGGAAGCCUUCAGGAAGCAGCAGGAGGCUGAGGAGGCGGCAGCGAUGGGAGUGAACGGAGGCGUCUCUGGGGUUUUGGGAAUGGACACCUCUGAUGAGACUGCUGAUUUGAGAGAGGCUUUAGACGCGGAGAGGGAGAGGUGUCAAGUGUUGGAGAGUCGGCUGAUGGAGGUUCAGAGCCAGGCGCGUUCGGGGAGUUCAGCGGCUCCUUCUCCUUACAUGGAGGUGGAAGCCUCGCCCGUGGGGGCAGUGAGGGAUAGUAGUGGUAGCAAGGACGUGGUGGAGGCGGAGGAGGAGGAGAGUAAGGGGAAGAAGAGGAAAAGGAGGGAUACUGGUGAUAAGAAAAAGGAGGGUAGUAGAAGCAAGAAGAAGAAACACAAACACAAGGAGGCCGCAGGGGAGGAGGGUGAAAUAUCAGAUCCUAUAGCUGGGAUAUUUCCUCUCCUCGAUAGCGGCGACCUAGUAUCCGCGUCAAAGCUCGUAGUGCGUUUCUGCUACUCUUGCGGUGUCGAGAACAGUAUCGCCUUACGGAACCGUCUAGCACUGGUGCUCUCGGAGAUUGCGUUGUACCUAACAGGACGGAGAGGAGCUGAUGGGCUGCUAUCGAACAUGUGUUGUCUGGUCAUCCUAGCUACAGAUGAGGCUCAGCUGUUGGUCCGCGCCUUGUAUUCAACGAGCUUAGAGCUGGCUGGGCCGGCUCCAGAUGCUUGCCGUUUGAUAGUAAAGUCUCUGAAGGAAUGUUGUCGGAAGCUGAACCUGACGGCGCCUUUGGCAUGUAUGAUGUGGCAUCAGCAGUGUGGGCCUCCUCGGUAUCCGGUGGCGAGAGAGGCCAUGUUGGAGGGAGAGGCCUUUCAAUGCGACUUCAAUGCAGUCGUUGAAUCUGCCACGGCACCUUCUGUGAAGACCCUGUGUCUGUUCCACGCAGCGUUGGUAGGAAGCAGUCUUUCGGCGGAGGAGCGGUACACUCUUAUACGGAAACUAGCCGAGAAACAUGGAGGACAGCCUGAUAUCAAGUGCCGAGUACUUGCUAUGAUGCCUGCAGUAGGGGAUAGUAACCUUAUCCGCUUGGCCAUCAAUGAGGUCCUAUCUUGGCCCGAUGCCAGGAAGGGUCGGAGAGAGCUGCUCGACUUCUUACAAGCACACCUUUCCUCGAUGCUGGCUAUGGGCAGCAACAGCACUACGUAA